CAGUACAAACCACAUUACAAACAGUUCAAACAAAAUCGUCGGCGCGCGGUCGAAAGUUUAGGUGACGGUAACCUGAAGUGGGUCGAAUUGUGGUGCAUUUGCAUAUAUGAACUCGUAUCGAUUUAAAGACGUUUCGUACUUUUUUUUUACUUUGACAGCAAAUAAUUUAUUAAAAAGUGUUGACGGGCGAUCUUUUUAUUAAAUAAACUCGAUAAAAAAGUAUCUACUGUGAACUUCUUAUGUGAUAUCUACGCAAGGCAACUUUGUGAAUGGCAACAUCAGAUAGUGUUUAUAAACAGAAAAUGAUAUUCGUGAUAUUUUUAUUUUUAUGGGGUUCGGUUAAAUGUCUUCCUCAAGGAGCACCUACGAAGGUAUGCGAAACAAUGCUUCCGAAUCACGGAGGCGGCAUCCCACCCCAAACUGGUACAGCCCUAUUCAUCGUAACAACCCUUCGUAGACAGAAUGACAUCAUCGUUACAAUUAAAUCACCGAUAGAGGUACCUUUCCAAGGAUUUAUGCUUCAAGCUAGAGGUACCACGGGAAAACUUCUAGGAAAAUUUGAGCCAAUAACUCCAGGUGCUCACACCAUCAAUUGUAAUGGAACCGCAGAUUCCCUCACCCAUAGCAAUACUGACUCCAAAACAGCAAUUGACACACAUUGGUUUGCCCCCGAUAACUUUGAGGGAACUGUUAUUUUCAAGAGCACCUACGAAGGUAUGCGAAACAAUGCUUCCGAAUCACGGAGGCGGCAUCCCACCCCAAACUGGUACAGCCCUAUUCAUCAGAAACAGAUACCAGUUACGUCGCCUCGCUUUCCACCGUCGAUUAUUUUCCGAAAAGACGAAGAAGUUAAAGAUCCAUUUUAUGAUGGCUGUACAGAGAUGAAAAAUUGCUUCGGGGCACCGUUAGGAUGCAUAGCCACUCAGGAUUGUGUUGCUGCAGUAACGGUGACAGUAAAAGGGGAUCGAUACAUUUUCGAUUUGAAGGCGCGAAAUUCGGCCCGAUGGGUUGGAGUGGGUCUAUCAACUGACACGAAAAUGGGAAACGAUUCGGUUAUCGAAUGCGUUGACGAAGGAAAUUCAAUAAGCGCGUAUAUGUCAAGGACCACGUCCAGACCCAACCUUGGAGUGAUCAGAUUAAAUAACCCUAAAGAAGGUAUACAGUUGCUUAGAGGAGACAAACUAAACGAUACAAUACAUUGUCAAGUUCAGCGAAAUGCUGUGACAAUUGUUGAUGGUGUUAAAUACGAUCUUGUUAAUAACCAAUAUAACUUGCUGGUAGCAGCAGGAACUGGAGUACGAGAUAACUCUGUUGGAUUUCACGACUUGACAGCAGAACCUAGUUCUACACCUAUAUAUUUAGCUGAAGUAUCCGAAAUAGUUGGUGCUUCAAAAUUACUGUACAGACUCCACGGUGUCUUUAUGGUAAUAGCUUGGAUUGGAGCGGUGUCGAUAGGGACCAUUCUAGCCCGGUACUACAGAAAAACAUGGGUCGGGAGGACACUUUGGGGCAAAGAUAUUUGGUUCUCUUGGCAUCGAAAUUUAAUGGUUAUCACAUGGGCCUUGACAGUUGUGGCGUUCAUUUUAAUCUUCAUUGAACUUAAGGCUUGGUCAACAGAAUCAAAUCCGCAUGCGAUUUUGGGAAUUUUUGUGACAAUCUUGUGUUUUGUUCAACCUAUCGGGGCUUAUUUCAGACCACACCCUGGAACUGCCAAGAGACCUAUAUUCAAUUGGCUUCAUUGGGGAGGGGGAAAUGCAGCCCAUAUUUUAGCAAUUAUUACAAUUUUCUUUGCCAAUAGUUUAACCAAAGCAGAGUUACCCACCUGGUUUGAUUGGAUAAUGGUGGCGUAUGUUGUAUUUCAUGUUGCAAUGCAUUUAAUUUUAUCGAUAAUGCAAUGUGUUUCCGAUAAAGCUGAACAGGAAACAAAUGUGAACGUGUUUAGUAUGAAGGAAAUAAAUGGAUCCAGGAAAAUGAAUUCGAUAGUUAACCAAGACGCGCCGUAUGCAAGUUCAAGAAAAGGCUUAUUAGCAGUAUAUAUGACUGGUGUCGUUGGUCUAGUCAUCGUUCUGGUGAUUGUUAUAUGCAUUUCACCCAUAAAAUAAACUGUUACCUUUAUGUAUUAAUACAAUCGCACAAAGUUAAGUUUAGAUACGUAAUCUAGUAAUUGACACAAAAGUAUUUAUUAAUCUUAAUCUAUUUUUAUUUUUUAAGUUU